AUGCCGGCGGCCACCGGAUCGGACAUCGUCGGCGCGGGAACGGCGGCCGUCGCCGUCGUCUGCGAGUACGACCGCGUCAGCGUGGUCCUCGAGCUCGCCGCGCUCUCCGCCUUCCUCCUCCUCCUGCGGUACGCUGCGGUCCUCUACGCCAACCACCUGCUCGCCACACUGAGCGCCGACGACGACCUCAUCCCGCCGGCGGCACGGAGCGACGGCGCCUCAUCAUCAGGCCUCGACGACGCUGCCAUCGCGCGGCUGCCAUGCUUCGUCGUCGUGAGCCGCGGGGCCGGGGUGGCUGCCGCCACGACCGCGACGGAGAAGUGCGCGGUGUGCCUGGGCGCUGUCGAGGAAGGCGAGACGGCGCGGGCGCUCCCCAGCUGCGCGCACGCGUUCCACGCGCGCUGCGUCGACGCGUGGCUGCGCCUGCGACCGACGUGCCCCGUGUGCCGGGCGACGUGCCGCUGA